AUGGACCUAAGAAGAGAUCAAUAUUUUUUUAUUUUUGUUUUGAUUAUAAAUUUAAUUUUAGGUCUUUUCUGUACUAAGGCAGAGAUAUAUGUAGAUCAAUACCAAAAUGAACGCAUAUAUAAUGGAAUUACCUGGGAAAAUACUCUUAGUUUAACUAUACCUCUAAAUAUACCCGACUUGGAAACUCAAAAAGUAGACAAAUCUUUGUGUCCUAUCUAUGGAAUAAAUGCAAAAGGAGCUUUUUGCCUAAAAUUAAAUACAAUUAAAGUACAAAGAACGAAGACUUGGCAAGAAUGCUCUUCAUUAUGUUCAGACUAUGUUGUAUUUUUUUUUAUAAAGUGUAAACAGUGGAGCUAUAAUACAGAAACAAAGACGUGUUUUUUAAAGAAUGGUGACAAGUUAUGUAAAUAUCCAGAUGGAAAUUAUAUAUCUGGAGUAUCCACUUCAGUGGAAGUAGGAGGUUGUGCAACAACCUGUGAAGUUGGUGGUUGGAGUGCUUGGUCAAAGUGUAAUUCAUAUUGUGCAGGGAUUACUCAUAGAGUUAGACAUGUAACUAAAUCUCCAAAAUAUAAAUCUGAAGCGUGUCAACGACUUAUUGAAGUAGCAAUGUGUAAAGGAAGUCCUGAAUGCCCUAGUAACUGUCCAAACUAUCAUGUAGUUGGACUAGGUUGGGGAUGUAAAGUAGAAAUGAAUAAAGGGGGUGGGACAAUGAGGAAGUAUGUCAGUACAUGGCAUGAAUGCUUAGGACUUUGUAAUGAAACUGAAGGGUGCACUUAUUGGUCUUUUCAGGGUACAGCAGGAAUUGAAAUAUGCCUUCUCGUAAUUGGAGAGGUAGGAUGUAUGUACCAUGCUUUAGGAUGGGUUUCAGGGGACAGAAAUGUGGUUGCAAUAGACUGCCCUGUAAGGUGUUCUGUGGGUGAGUGGUCUUCUUGGAGCCCAUGCCCAAGAAGUGAUCAAUGUACUGUUAAUUCUAUCACUAAACGAACUAGAGCUUUAAUUUCUACUCCUUCACAUAUGAAUCCGAGGUCUUGUCCUCACUUAAUGGAAAGUUCUCUUUGUAAUUGUACUAUGGAGCUUGUUAAAAAACAUGCAAGAGAUGAAUUUAGAUUAAAUAGGGUUCUUUCAUUUACCCCAGGAAUAAUUCAUAACAUUGAUAUCAAGAAGGGUAUUCUUAGUGCUAUUCAAUCGGAUUCUUCUGAAACAGAAACGACUAUUUCUGAUGUUGAUUCUAAAAAUAAUGUAAUUCCCAUUAUUAGUAGAGAACAGUGGGUUUCUUACAUUACGCACACUAAUUUAAACCAGUCUGGAGAAACUUUAGGUAUUAAAAAUUAA